ACCCCUGCGAACACCAGCACAGGGGAUGAGUCUCUUUCAGCCUCUGUGGAAUCAAAGGCUGUGGCAUCCUCACCAGUGGGAGUUUGCUGCCUGCUCCCUGCAAAAUGCUCUUGCAGACACAUUUGCAAAACUGGAACUCAUUCUCUCCCCCAGACUCCAGUGUGUUGAUGGAAUGAUGCAAUGGAGCUGCUUUUGUAGUAGCUUUGUUGCCAAAUAACGUCAAAAAACAAUACUGCAGAAGUGGCUCCAAAAGCAACAAACAACUGUGUCAGCAACGAGCUGUUCCUUUUGUCUGACUGAUAAGAGCACACAGUAUUUGGAAAAGCAAGUGAAAUAUUUUGUUAUUGCAGCCUCUCUCAGAUUAUUCCAGUUCUGGUGAGUAAACCAAGGCAGAAAAGCUCUUGGCUCAGGGAGAAGGGGCUGCUUUGGCAGGGCUGGAGGCAGAGGCUGGAGCUGCCAGGUGUUGUGUGUGCUCUCCCAGGAUUUAACAAGCUGCCCUGUCCUUGUGGUGCAGCCUCUGUGAGUUUUGCUUCAUUCUGUGGUGGUUUCCCCUGGAAGGUGGGAAAGGGAAGCUCUGCACAGCAGAGGGAUCUGUAGGGAAGCCCCCAGUUGUGCCUUCCUUGUCAGAUUGUUGUCAUUGGCUUUGAUGCUGCUCUGAAAUCCCCAUGUGGCUUUCCCUUGGUGUGCCACAGCAGGGCAGGUUUGCCAUGUCACCUCCACCCUGAAACAACCUUGCAUUAAUUGGCUCCUGGUGAUUAUUGAUGUGAGGCAAGAGGAAGGAUGGAUUUCUGUUGCUGUCUGCAUCCCAAUUUCCUUUAAAACCUGAAUAUCUCAGUAGCUUAAUUAUUUAUGGCUGGAAGUUCCUGGCCUUCAUUAUAGCAGGGUUUUCUUGCCAGAUUGCCUGUCUGAACUGAAAGUGUUCUUUUGGGUCAGAUAAACCCCUAAAAUCCAUUUUCAUCUGUUCCACCUGUUAGAGUGAUCCCAUGGAGCAAUCACCACGAGUUAUCACCUUGUCAGACCUUCAGACUCCAGCUUCCAGUUUUAUUUAAUGGCCUGAAAUAUUACAAGAGAUUACUAGAGCAAGGCUUGAGGAUUUUAAAAAUUAAAGAGUAUUAAUAAUUUAGGCUAUUGGCAUGACCACAUUGUGGCCUAUAUUUAACUUCCUGUCUCACCACCUCUCUUCCAGUAAAAGCUGCACUAUAGGAAUGGUUCUUCGCCUGUGGAGUGAUACUAAAAUCCAUCUGGAUGGGGAUGGUGGCUUCAGCGUGAGCACUGCAGGGAGGAUGCACAUCUUCAAACCUGUGUCAGUGCAAGCCAUGUGGUCUGCUUUACAGAUCCUCCACAAAGCCUGUGAGGUUGCCAGGAGGUACAACUACUUCCCAGGGGGGGUGGCCUUGGUGUGGGCCACCUACUACGAGAGCUGCAUCAGCUCGGACCAGAGCUGCAUCAACGAGUGGAACGCCAUGCAGGACCUGGAGUCCACCCGCCCCGACUCCCCUGCCCUCUUUGUGGACAAGCCGACGGAAAGGGAACGAACAGAGCGGCUCAUCAAAGCCAAGCUCCGGAGCAUCAUGACCAGCAAGGACCUGGAAAAUGUCACUUCCAAGGAGAUCCGAAAUGAGCUGGAGAAACACAUGAACUGCAACUUGAAGGAAUUCAAGGAAUUUAUAGACAAUGAAAUGCUGCUGAUCCUGGGCCAGAUGGACAAACCAUCCCUGAUUUUUGAUCAUUUGUACCUGGGCUCCGAGUGGAACGCGUCCAACCUGGAGGAGCUGCAGGGCUCGGGGUGAGUACUGCUCCUCCCAUCCAAACCCUCCACUCUGUGCCUGCCACUCCCCCAGGAGCCUGGAGAGGACAUUUGCAGGCUCUAGGGAUGAUUUUACCCCUCAGCUAUGUGGUAACUUCCCAGCAGCAGCUGUGUGGAGAAAUCUCUCCAACCUCAGAGUGUGAAAAUAACAAAACUUGGCAUUGCUGAGGUGCAUCAGGAUCUCCAUCCCCCAGUGCUGUGCCAGGUGGGAAUUCUGCAGAGCUGCCUGUGGAUGAGCAAACUCCUCCUCACCUGCCUGCUCAGGCAGCUCCAGGUGUCUCUCCCAUCCCCAUGGUGCUGCUUGGCCCCAUUCCCUGCCACACUUUAUGGAUCAGGGAGAAUUCUGCCCAUAAAUAUUUGCUGCUCACUCAAGGCCUGCACCAACCUUGCUGUCAGGAACUGAAAUUCUUCAGAAUUUCAGCACAGCUGAAAAUGUUUCAUUUGGAGUCCUUGGGAGCAGAUGUCUGCACAUCUUGGGACAAGGAAAUCAAGCAGGGUGUUAAUGAUUAUGUCUUGCAUUGGGAUGUGCAGUGUCCAAAGGCAAAGCUGGACAAAUUCUGAGACAAAUAUCCUGUGUCCUUGAUUUUUCUCAGUGAUAGGAGGUGAUAAAUCAAUCUGGACAUUCGUUCUCGGGUACAUUGUUAUCCCUGCUGUGAUAUUUGGCAGGAAUCAAGAGAUACCAUGUGACUCUCAUGGUUUUGGUCAGAAAGAAGGGGAGGGGAUGGGAUUGCAGCUAAAACCUGCAGCUGGAGAUGGUGAUUCCUGGGCUGUGUUCCCAGAUUGUUCACUUCUUUCUGCAUCCCCAGAGCUGUGUGGCACAGUGAGGAGUUCCUGCUUGGGUUAUACAGACUCAAAGACAAUAAAUGAGAUAAAACAAAUAUCUCCCUCCUGUGCCCAGGGUGUUUGGACACUUGGGAUGUGCUGGCAGUGAGAGGUGGCAGAACAGCCCCUGUGUGCUCUGUGUACCAGGAGUUUAGGAUUAGGGCUUAGGCAAACCUUACAGCUGAUGUUGGGUUGGAUUGCAUG